UUCUUCUGACCAUGCUCCCAAGAUUUUAGUGGGUAGUUUCAUUUUUAAGUAAAUACUUUGGACAUCCAGUGACAAGACGAUGAGUUCCCUGCAGCAUGUGAAUCCCAGAGUGAGGGGGAUCAGAGCCUCACCACACAGUGCUCUGCAGAGUUUGGCUGCACACAUCACACAAGAGAACACACAGAGGGCGCAGAAAUCCUUCAGAGAGGUGAUUGAUGUCAGCUCAGGUGACUCCCACCAAGCAGGAAUGAAACCCAUCUCAUUUGUUCGACAGGUCUUGGCAGCGUGUCUGCACCCUCAGCUGCUGAGAGACAGAAGUCUUCCUCUGGACGCCAGGCUGAGGGCUCAGAGUCUCCUGGAGGUCUGUGAGGGAGGAAGUGCAGGUUCCUACACUGACUCCUCCGGCAUGCCUCAUGUCAGGAAAAGCAUCGCUGAGUUCAUCACGAGACGAGAUACCGAAAUUCCUUCAUACACCAAAGACAUCUUCAUUUCUGCUGGUUCUCAAAGGGCCUUGAUGGUGCUUGUGAAACUGCUGGCCAGUGGGGAGGGGGAGACUUGGACCGGUGUGUUGACCCCCCUGCCCUGCCCUCACACACUGCCCAUGCUGCUGGACGAGGCCGGGGUGACGCUGGUGCCGUAUCAGCUGAUCGAGGAGCGAGGCUGGGCUGUAGACCUGGACGAGCUGCAGCGAGCCUUGACGGUUGCUAGGCGGCACUGUGAACCCAGAGCCAUUUACAUCAGCAACCCAGGAAACCCCACAGGUCAUGUGCAGGACAAGAAAUCAAUAGAGGAGGUGAUUCAGUUUGCUGCAGCUGAGAGACUCUUUCUGUUGGUUGAUGAGGUGUACCAGGACAGUGUGUACGGGCAGGACACGCAGUUUAUUUCCUACAAGAAAGUCCUGUUUGAGAUGGGAAAAGAGUUCUCAGAGACAGUGGAGCUGGUCUCCUUUCACUCUUUAUCCAGCGCCUGCAUGGGAGAGUGUGGUCUGAGGGCAGGAUUCAUGGAGGCAGUCAACAUGGACCCUGGGGUGAUGCAUUACGUUGAUACCAUGCUGUGUACUGAUAUCAGCACUCCAGUCAUGGGACAACUCGCUCUGGAUCUCAUGGUGAACCCGCCGAAGCCUGGAGACCCUUCCUAUGACACGUACAAACAGGAGAUUCUCCUCACUCAGACCACUUUGUCCCAGAAUGCUCAGCGGGCUUGGCAGGUCUUGAACAGUCUACCGGGGAUGAGCUGUCAGCCUGCAAUGGGGGGAGUCUACCUUUAUCCCAGUCUGCUUUUACCACCUGAGAUCAUAGAGCAGGCCAAGAUGUUAGAGGUGGAGGCGGAUGUUCUGUACUGCCAGAGGUUACUGCAGGAGGAAGGUGUAUUAGUAGGAGCAGGUUGUCAGCACGGUGCGGCGACUGUCGGACACCACCUGAGGUUAUGUGUCCUUGUUCCACCUGACACUCUGGAGGAGGUCCUGGCUCGCCUCGGCUCCUUCCACCAUCGCCUCACGGACAGAUUUCCGACACAGUGGUUCUCAAAGUGGGGUCCGGGGAACCCCAGGGGUCUUGGAGGAAAGUCCCUGGGGGUCCCCAGCAAAGAGGGGAAUAAUUUAUUGUCACUAAAUUCCAUCCAAUGACAGAAUAUAUGACUAUUUUGGUUCAUGGGUUUCAAAAACUCUCUUUAAUAAAACAUGCAAAAGCAAAAAUCUUAGAUGGGGCUCUGUGGUCUAAUUUGUGUCAGUUCAGGGUCCUUAAUGUGAAAAAGUUGGAGAAAGACAGCAAGUGUGGACAGAGAUGAUGCAUUACAAUUGUUGCCUGGUUCAGUCACUGAGUCAUUUACAGAGGAAUACGAGAAAAUAUUACUAGAUAUUUGGAGACAGGAAUAUUGUUGUGAAGUUUCACAUAUUGAUUAUGUGAAAUAAAAUUAAAAAUAAAUAAACAAAAGUACAAAAAUAAAAAAGAAAUACCAUCACAACAGGAGUAAAACUGGAUGGUAUAAACUGCACCAUAACAUUUAUCCUUUCCCAGAGGUUAUGAAGAUUUAUGUGACAGUACUACAUGAAAUAAACUAUGGAAAUAAAACACUACGACAAUUUCAUGAUAUGGUAGAUAUAUGAAAGAAAUGUGACCAAAACUCUGUGUAUUGAUAUAAAUCAAUGUGUAUAAAAAUAUGAUAACACAAUAUUUAUGUGUGUGCAGUGUGAGGUUUUGGAAUGGAGGGCACAGGUGCCACAGACACAAACUCAAAAGGUUGGAACAAGUUUUAUGACUUAAAAACAAAUUCAAUUAAAAGUUAACACUAACACGAAUUUAAACACUUAAACAUGUGUGGCAAUCUCAUCACAGCCAAAAUAUAAAUCUGAAGAAACCUAAAGAUUGGAUUGGAUUUUGGAUUUCUUCAGAUUUUACAAUGUUUUAGUGUUAAGGUACAAUCUGUCCCUACGCUAUUUUAAGUCAAAGGUCAAAGGUCAAGGUCUCGGUGACCUCACAAAACACGGUUUUUGCCUUGUGAACUGAUAUCUCAGUAAUACUUGAUCUUAAUCGUGGUGACCUCACAAAACAUGUUUUUGGCCAUAACUCACAAAUGUAUACACUAAUUAUGACAUAAUUUCAC